CGUAUCAAUGGAGGAGCAAAGAAAAAGAAAAGAAAAUUUCACCGACAUUGAGAUACGAAAGUUAAUAGAGCUGUACAGUCAGCACAGACACACACUGACUGCCAAGCAAUCAAAUACAAUAACAAACAAGAAAAAACAAACAACAUGGAGACAGAUAACAGAGGCCAUUAACGAUUGCUCUGACUCCGGCUGCCUUCGGACAGAAAGCGAUGUAAGAAAGAAGUGGAAAGACCUCCUGAGCAAAGCAAAAAAAGAUUUGUCUGCAAAAAAACACCACCCGACCGGCGGGGGUCCUUCCCCAAAAUCUUCCGUGUACAGUACCAUCAUUGUGGAUAUCUUUGGAGAGGAUUCCCCGGCUUUUAUUGGUUUGGUCGGUGCGGAAAGUGGCGGUACCGACAUGGAAGAAACUGCUGUCUCUCCAGAGAUGGAUGUCGAUCACUCAAGCGAGAGUGUGAUUUGUGAAGACUCGAUGGAGGACCCAGUCACUCCACAAAGUUCUCACGAACACAGCAGCGGUGCACCGCCGGUGAAACGGAUGAGGAGGCUGGAUAAUCUUCAGCAGACACUUCUUGAGAAAGAAAUUGUUAGAGUGGAGACUGAAACAAAAAAAUUACAGACCGAGCAGGAAAAGUUGGAACUUGAAAAACAAAAGAUAUUGUUAGAAAUACAGUUGCUCCAACAACAGAUAAACAGGUCAUCUUCGCCUAUUUCUGAAGAGGAUGGGCGGUCUUUUGUAAUUCUGUAA